AUGCUGCCUGCUGCUAACAGCCUUCAUUGUGACUGUGAUAUCUCUAUCAUUUUUCAUCAUAAAAUAAUUAUUUUUAUAUCACGGGAAAGAAAACAAAAUUCUACANGGCAAGAUUUAUGUUUAGAAUUACGUGAUGCUGCUAGAAAAUUAUUAGAAAAAGAACUUGAUCAUUUACAUAAUAAUAAUGAUGCAUGGCAUAUAUUUAUUUCUAAAUGGUCUAAUUUAUUUAAUCAAUCAUAUAAUAAAGAAACUGAUGGAGCUUUAUAUGAUCAAGAUAUUCGAGAUAUAUUUCUUGAGGAUGCAACUUACAAUAAUGAAACAACAACGACGACAACGACGGCUAAAGAACAAUAUAAAGCACAACAAUUACUAUCGAUUGUUCUUAUUGGUAUUGUUGGGGCAAGAUAUGGAGAAGAAGUUGAACAAACAAAACAACCAUCUGUUGCAAUUAAAGGAUUUACAGUUGAUAGUCCAGAAAUGAUUUUAAAAUUGAGUCGUAUUCUAACAAGUCUUUUAUCUCCGUCUAAUUUUGAUCACAUUCCAUUGCACAGUGCUAUUCGUCGAACAGCAAUUGAUCUCAUUGGUCGUGGUUAUACUGUAUGGGAACCAUAUUUAGAUAUUGGACAAGUACUACUAACAUUACUUGAUUUAUGUGCUAUUAGUGAUAGUUCAACAGUAACAAGCAAUGUGCUUAGUGGAAUAUUAACACCAAAAACUGAUACUUGUUUAACAGCACGAACAGCCCUUAAUUUAAUUGCAACAUCUCGUUCAAAUGUAGUUAUAAUAACACUUGCACGUGAAAUUGCUAAAUAUGUUCUUGCACAAUCUGGAACAACAUCAUCAACAACUGCACGUACAACAACACCAUCACAAACAUCAAUAACAAUUAAAAAUGAACAAAAAACUGAAAUACUUCGUCUUAUUAGAAUUCUUAUUGAAAAAUGUCCACAUGAUGUUGCAGAAUUAAUUCUUGAAGUUACUGAUAUUACUUUAAAUUGUAUUGAUUUAAGUACUCUUCGACAUAAAGGUGCUCAAGCUGUAUCAGAAACAUUUGGAUUAUUAUUAAGAUAUCCAAUAGUAACCUAUUGUCCUGAAUCACCCAAAUUAUGUGUUGGUACAAAAACUGGUAUUCUUGCUUUAUAUGAUUUAAAAACACCAAAAUAUCAACCAUUUCAAGCUCAUCCAAAAAAUGAAGUAAUUACAUGUGUAGAAUUUUCACCCGAUGGAAAAUAUCUUGCUUCAUAUUCAGCUUAUGAAGGAAUAUUAUAUUUUUGGCAAACAUCAUCGAAUACAUUUUUUGGUUCCUCAAAUACAAUUCAUCUUGUUUCAAGGCAUGCUGCUCAACGACUUGAUCGUUCAAUACCAUCACCAAUGAAAAAAGUUGAUCUUAAUUGGAUGGAUCGUACUAGUGUUCGAAUGUAUUGGCAUGUUGAUAAAAGUGAAAAGAAAUUUACAGUAUAA